GCAAGGCCGGGAGGAUGUUAGCUUCCCUACGCAACUAGUGUGACAUAACCAGAAGCAAGCAUCACACUUUAUGAGACAAGACUUCUAAGACACGAACGGACGUCAGCUCUUAGAUAGCGGGUUCCAAAGAAACAAGUUAGGCAAACUCUUCACGUUCAAAGCUCUAUUCUAAUGACGUGUUCCCUUGAGAUGAUGCAGUCUAAAACCAGGGAGUAUUGAAACCCAAUGUAAUUGAUAAUGGAUAUGACCAACAUCAUCGUAGCUUCCGUUUUGGGAACAUUGGCGGCGCUAUUGUCAUUGGGUGUUGCAUUUUUUCUUUGCUACAUUUACUGGAAGAAGCUUAGUCAAAAGAAAACUUCAAGAGAUGAGUUAGAACCACUGCAGUUCGGGAAAGCGCCACCUACCGGCCAAAGUGAUGAAGUGAAAGAACUUCCACGCCAUAAUGUCGAAGAUCGAGUUCAGCAAGGACCAGUCGGAAUAAUUCCAUCCUUACUGGUCCCAUCGGUAUCACAGUCGACGUCUAUAGCUGAAGAUAACAAGGAGAAUAAUAACACUGCCAUCCAGGGGCCGAUUUCUUUUCUUCACUCCCUAUUACCAUCAGCUGAGCAACAGGAAGAAGCUGCAGACCUUGCGAACGCCAUGACUGAACCAGAUGAACCGGCUGGACAAAUACAGUUUAGCUUGGAAUAUAAUUUCCCUAAUUCUACCUUAAUAUUGAAGAUUAUACAGGCUAAAGGUUUGCCUGCCAAGGAUAUCAUAGGAACCAGCGACCCCUAUGUGAAAGUGUUUCUACUCCCAGACAAGAAAAACAAGUUGGAGACGAAAGUCAAACACAGAACUUUAAAUCCUCGAUGGAAUGAAACUCUUUACUUUGAGGGUUUUCCGCUUUAUAAGCUCCAAAAAUCCAUUCUCUAUCUUCACGUUUUUGACUAUGAUCGCUUCACCCGUGACGAUCCUAUUGGAGAUGUAUACUUGCCAUUAAGUCAAGUUGACCUUACCCAGAAGCCGACAUUCUGGAAAUCCAUCACACCUGCAGAAGAUUCAAAGCUAGGAGAAAUUUUGGUGACUUUAAUCUAUAUUCCCCGAACAAGUGAACUGUCAAUUUCCCUCAUCAAAGCAAGAAACUUGAAAGCGAAGGACAUCAAUGGCUCAUCAGAUCCCUAUGUCAAAGUGUGGCUACAUCGAGGUGACAAACGAGUGGAAAAAAAGAAGACGCAAGUCCACAACCGAACACUAAACCCAAUUUUUAAUGAAACCUUUCAGUUCGUCGUUCCCUGGGAACACAUUCGGGAAACUUACUUGUCUGUUGCUGUCAUGGACUUCGACACCAUUGGACGGAAUGAACUCAUUGGGAAGGUGAUCUUAUCCUCUCGGAGUGGACCCACCGAGUCCAAACACUGGUGUGACAUGCUGGCUAAAGCUAGAUCCGCCAUAUCCCAAUGGCACAGACUGAAAGUCUUGUGAAAGUUGACUUACAACUAGUUGACCUGGAAUUAGAUUAGAAACUUGUGGAUGUAAUACCUAGAGCUGGGUUAUCACCAGUCAAUCCAAAAAACGGAAUUUAGCAUGGAAAGAGAAAUAUUUCAUUAAUGUACCAGUCUCUGGACUUAGGUGUUUCUGUCGUCAAACAUUUGUCAUACAGAUAGAUGUUUUUUAAAUAUUGAUGGACUGUAAUUUGUAGUGUACAUUAUUCUUGAAGAACCUCUUCAAAAUUAAGUGGUUUUCUAGAAGUCAACAUUUCGUUUUGAAAUGCUGUUUGGUUGUACAAUUGGGUGUAACUGUCUUAAAAUAAGAUUUCAUUAAAACAAGGUCUGUAUUUAAAUGUUUAAUAUGCUGAAUGUCCUACAUGUAAAAGAAACAAAGUAAUUAUACAUAAUAUAUAUCUUGUUAAUACAUUAAUUAUCAAGUAUAAAAGAUAUAAAAGAAAUAUCAGUCUUUAGACGCUAAUGGUAAUGAAGUUUUAAACAACAAGUCGAGAAAAAAAGUCAAAAUGAAAGAAAAAAACGACGAUUAUUCCUGAAACAUCUGUUUGAAGGCUCAGGUUUUAAACAAAUGUUGACAAAGUUUAAACAGUGUCUGAGUUUUAGUACUUCUUUGUAGAGUAAUUAAAGAAGUUCCGUUGUGAUAAAUAUAAGACCGUGUUGACAAUGUGUAUAUUUCGUGUUUAAUGUUGUAAGUAAUGUUAAUUACUGGAGGUCAAACCAUAGUUGUACGUAUCGUUACUGCAAUCUAUCAAGAAGAGAUGUGUAUGUAUACAUUGUUGUUAAAUCGAUCAUAUCAUGGAUAUAGAUAUAAUAUUAAUGGAACAGUAGCUAUUCAUUAAUAUAUGUCAACUCUGACUGAGGGGAAAAAUCUAAGAUUAAAGUGAAAUUUUUCACUAAUAUAUUUUGUUAGAUAUUUGAUGUUAGUUUUUUAAAGAUUGUUUGAAAGACAGAUCGAUAAUAGUUAAAACGUACUAGAUGGAUGACUUGCAUGGAAAAAACUGAAGACGACAACGAAGUUAUUGAGAAUGUCUCCAUUUUAUUUGCAUAAUUUAAAACAAAAAAAUACGUAAUUCAUUUCUAUCUAGGAAAAACUGAACCGUAAAAGACAAUAAACUAAA